AGAAUAAAAAAAAGACAAAUGAAAAUAUAGAAGUGGUAGAGAGUAAAGAGAAUGAAGGAAUGAAAGAAAUUAUUAAAGUAGAAGAUGAUAAGUACAAAGAAAUAGGAGAAAGCAUUGAAGAAAUGAAAAUUGAGAGAACUAGGACAGUAUCUGAAAUUAUCAAAGUGGAAGAUAAUGAGUAUAAUGAAGAAAUAAUAGAAAAUAUUGAAAUUGAAAGAACAAGAGUGAUGCCUGAAAUUAUUGAAGUAGAAGAUAAUGAAAAGGAUGAGUACAAAGAAAAUAUGGAUGAAAGUAUUGAAGAGAUGUAA